AAACUUAAGUGACACACAGCGCAAGUUGCACACAAAGCCGUAACAGUGUUGUGAGACUACUCUUUCAUUGAAGCAUUGGUGUCGUCCCAGCUAGGAAACAUCCAGAUCGACCAUGACUUCACUGCUGGGUAAAGCCCUGCUGAUUAUGGCCUUAUCAGGACCCACCCUGGCCUUUGUCCCCAUCGGGGGUGGAGGAUCCAGUCAUGUCAGCAUUACAGGAACAGCUCUAUUGCAAAAAGUGGAGGAAGCAUGUCGGGCAGUAGCUGAGGCAGCAGGUCAUGAGUUCAAUCCUAUGGGUACCUCUCCUGAACAACUGGUCCAGGCCUGCCUUGGUCCCACAGCUACAGGAGACGUGUCUGGCAGCAAGUUUCGCUCUUCCCUUCAAGAAAUCUAUUUCCAGAACGGAAUGGUCGACCGUGACUUUGCCAACAGUGCUCCACAUCACUUCAACUCUGAGGCCUUCUUGGAGGGACGUGCCCUAAUCACAGAGGGCACGGUAGCCAUUAAGGCUAAUAUUCGCAAUGAGAACUUCCAAGCUGCCAGGGAAACACUGGGUAGAGUUCUUCAUACACUGCAGGACUUCUACAGCCACAGUAACUGGGUGGAACUGGGCUACACUGAGCCAUACGACAACCUCAUAACCCCAAGUCUGCCACUGGAAAACCUAGCAGAUAAGGACACUGCCACCUGCAAUGACUGUGAAACUGGAGCAUGCCCUAAUCCAAUCCUUGCCAACAUCCUGGAAGAGAAGAAACUCACAUCUGGUUACAUGGGAAUCUUCUCUGCUUCCAAGCCAAAAGGUAAAUGUAGCCACGGAGGUGCAGGGGAUCUCACUAGCACAGUAGUUCCCCGAGGAGGCAUCAACAAAGAUGAACGCCGCUCUGACCUCCACAACGCUGCUGUGAAUGCAGCCACAGCUGCCAGCCUCCAGCUUCUGGAGGACAUCCGCUUAGCUGCAGGCGACAAUGGCUUUCUUAGAAUGAUGGGGAUUGCCCGCUCAUCUGUCCUCUGCUUUGUGAUUGACACCACCGGCAGUAUGUCAGACGACAUUAAGGAAGCCAAAAACGUUGCUUACGAAAUCAUUGACAGCAAAAAAGGAACACAGGAUGAGCCCUCUGAGUACAUCCUGGUACCAUUCAACGACCCCGAUUUUGGACCAUUGAUCAGGACAACAAACCCUGAUAAAAUGAAAAGCGAAAUUUCCAAGCUCUUACCAAUGGGUGGUGGUGAUACCCCUGAGAUGUGCCUGUCAGCACUUCAGCUGGCUCUCACUGGUGCUCCUUCCUCGUCCCAUAUCUAUGUUUUCACUGAUGCCACAGCCAAAGAUAUUGCCCUCAAGGACACUAUUGUUGCUCUCAUCAGGAGCACCAAGUCAACGGUGUCAUUCUUCAUGACUGGGUAUAGCAGGAGACGUCGUCGUUCUGUCAGAGCAGCUUCCUUUGAGGACUACAAGGAGUUGGCUCUGGCCUCAGGUGGACAGGCCAUCCAGGUAUCCAAGCAACACCUGCCACAGGCUACAGACGUUAUCCUUGACACCUCGACUUCAGCUCUGGUGACCGUUCUCCAGCGAGCAAGAAACCCUGGGAAGCAGGAGACGUUCCCCUUCAGGUUGGAUGAGUCGCUUAAAAAUGUCACCAUCUACAUCACAGGGACAUCAAUAACUUUCACGCUGACCGACCCCACCGGUGUGAGCCAAAAUCACAGUGAGGCCACCGGUAAACUGGGCACCAUUCAGACAGUUGGAAACCUCAGAAGAAUUCAUCUCAACCCUGAAAAAAACACAGGAACGUGGAAGAUCAAUAUUAACUCUGUAGAACCAUACACACUCAAAGUCACAGGCCAGAGUAUUAUUACCUUCAUCUAUGACUUUGUGGAAAGCUUCGGGGGACCCCACCCAGGUUAUGCAGUACUUAGUGGACGCCCAAGUGCAGGCCAGCCUGCCACCCUGAUGCUCUCAGUAAUGGGCAGGAAAGGUCCAUCCUCGAUUACGGUUGAAGAUAUCGGCCUAGUCAAAGUGUCUGGUCUAGAGGCUGUUACCAGUGGCAAUAUGACCGACAUGGGCAAUGGAGAAAUUCUGGUGACUGUUGAUGAAGUACCUGAGGGGGAGUUUGUGGUGCUUCUGAAAGGAACUGAUAAAGAAUCGAACAGUGAAUUCCAGAGGCAGUCAACCACCCAGAUGUCAGUCUCCAAAGUGAAUAUCAAGGCUGCAGUGGACAGCAGUGCGGAGCCAGGGAAACCCCUCACACUCUCCUUCAGUGUGAUGACCCAAGGUGCUGGCGGUGUGUACUCCAUCAGUGCCAGAAAUGACAGAAACUACCCAAUGACCUACCCAAGCAGCCUUACUUUGACAACAAAUGAAUAUGCUAAUGCUACAUUGAACAUAACACCACCUGUGGACACACCAUCAGGCACUGACGUCACUCUGACCAUUGAAACCAAGUCAUCCACGGGUCUUGACUCCAAUUACGUUGUUCUGAGAUUAUCUGUUGUUACCAAGAUUACAGAUUUCAAUCAGCCCCUGUGUGAAGUAACCAGUGUGGUGGCUGAUGACUGCCCUCAUGAUGAGUCCCAGUGUGGAUCUUUCUACUGGCAGCUCUCGGCUAACCUUACAGAUGGAAACGGCACCGGGAUAGAGACUCUUACCCUGCAUCAGGGUAGUGGAAAUCUCUCCCACACGGUGCUGACCGCUCCCACUGUGGAGGCAAACUACAACGCUUCCUGCUGCUCACAGAUUGCUGAGCUUGUAGCUGUAGAUAAAGUCGGCAAUGUGGGCAAGUGUUAUCAUUCAAUCGCUCGUCCUGAUUUUGAUCCACCACGGUGCGAAGUGGUCAGUGUGGUGGCUGAUGACUGCCCCCGCGAUGUGUCCCAGUGUGGACCUUUCCACUGGGAGCUAUCAGCUUCUCUGACUGAUGGAAACGGCACCGGGAUAGUGAGCAUUUCAGUGAAUCAGGGUGAUGGAAAACUCUCACACACCUCUCUGAGUGAUUCCACUGUUCGUGCAAAAUACAGAGCCUCAUGCUGCUCGCAUACUGUUGAGUUGGUAGCUAUAGAUAAAUCCAGCAAUGUGGGCAAGUGUUAUCAUUCAAUUGCUCGUUCUGGGGGUCCUCCUGCUCUGACGCUGUCGCUGCCGUUGUGGCUGUGUCUGUUGGCAUCUGUCUUUAUUGUCAGGUCUUAAAGAGCAUUAACUGAGUUGCAAUGUCUGAUUUCUCCAUUAAAUUUCAAUACAGUGUGUGUCAGCUUUGGAGUGAAACAUUCUACUGAUGAUGGUUAUCCAAAGCCCAGAUAAUCCGCUUAAUUAAAAGUGUCAAAAAAAUGAAUAAAGAAUUUAAUUAAUUGUGCUGCAUAAGAAUGAUUAUAUAGUAUAAACCUGGUCUGGAACAUAUCUUUGUCUUUCUGUGAAUCUGUGGAAGGAGAAAACCAUACAUUCACAUUUAAAUACAUCUACCAUCUGGGAAAACACACAUGUAGAAUGCAUGCUGUUAUGUUAUCAAAACCUACCUUUAGUGAGCAGAAAAUGUCAAAAACAAAUUCUGAGCGGUGGCUUGUACAUUUGAAAGAGAAGGGAGAAGAGUACAGAAAGCCAUCUAUGUAUAAUUAGAAGACUUCUCUGACCAGGGAAGGUGGACUAGGUUGAUAAUGGGACAUUAAAGAAUAUGAAAUAUUUAAAAAAAAACAAAA